GGCUGCGGCGGGCUCUGUCCCGCGCUCAUGGCCGGCCCAAGUUGGCGGCGGUCCUCGCCGUUGCUGAGGCGCUGAGCGGCUCCCCUUAAAUCUCCUCCGGCGCCGACAUGCCGCGCAGGCUGGAUAAAUUUUUGCAAAUCGCCCCGCAUUCCUUGGCUAUCGUGCUGAGCCCCUGCGGCGGGGAUGAAGCCGCGCCGCUCGAACAAGCAAUCCGAGCGCAGCGAGAAGGCGACGCCGACGGGGAAGCGGGACGGGGAAGCCGGGCGGAAGGCGAGCCCGCGGCGGACAGCGAACUGGGGCGGCACCAUAUCGGCUACGAGAUCUUCGCCGACUUCAAGCAGGGCAACAUGCAGCACUUCUGGAACCAGAAGGUGACCGCGGCCGUGGCCGAGACCUUUUUCUUAGGCUGGAUCGACGAGCAGGUGCUGCUGAUCCAGGGCAAGGAGGAGCACCUGGAGGCGCUGCGCGAGGGUUGGAUGCGCAGGGCUCUCAAACCCCCCGCCGGCUUCCAGAUCAAAUGCCUGG